UUGAAGUUUAGAAGUUUUGGGCAGGUGCUUGAAGGUUUUGUGAGGAUUUUUGGGAAGAGAAAUGGGUUUGCACUCUGAGGAGAGAAGUUGUGUUUAUUUGCGCUGGACUUUGGUCACGUGAUAUUUACUCGCGCGUGGAUUAAUCAGGAAGCCACAUUUCUACCCCACGUUUCCGUCAGCCCCACAUGAUGGAGGAUAACGCCAGUCAACAGGAGUUGAUCAUGUCUGAUCUGAAUGAUGAAUCUGAGAGGAACAGAGUGGAAGAGUGUGUGAACAAUCACGAGCACCAUUCUUCCAUCAGAUCGAGACAUCACUCUCUCAGAAACAUCUGCUUCAUGGUUGCUGCCUCUCUUUUCAUUUUUGCCUUUGGAUUCCUGAUUGGCUACGUUGGUCACACAAAGAGAGAUCAAGGCUGCGUAAUGUCUACUCCCUCUGAAGAUGAAGUGGUUCAGACAGAAACAGUCUUCAACUGGAGCAACGUUACAUCCUUGCUUAAUAACAAACUGACCACAAGCAGCAUUGACAACAGUUUGAAUGAAUUCUCCAGUGUCAGCCAUCAAGCAGGAUCUCCAGGAGACGAGGAACUGAGCAGUAAAAUCUGGAAAAAAUUCACGGAUAUGGGCAUGACGCCUUGGGCCGAUUCACACUUGGUAAAGAUCCAUGUCCGUCCAACAAAAGGCUCCAACACAGUGAGGUUCCGUAAUACGACAUUUUCUGAACCUGGUUAUUUGGCCUACAGUCCCACUGGAACAGCACAGGGUGGAGUUCUGUAUGCACAUUACGGACGAACAGAGGACUUUAAGUCCCUUCGAAACUUAAAUAUAACUUCAGAAGGAAAGAUCGCCUUGAUCAGAGCCGGAAAAAUAAGUUUUGCUGAAAAGGUUGCGAAUGCUGCCAGUGUGAACGCGAGUGCAGUGCUGAUCUAUCCAGAUCCUGCUGACUACUUGUUUGAUGAGGAAACCAAUCUUUUUGGUCAUGUCCAUCUUGGCUCCGGUGAUCCAUUCACUCCAGGUUUCCCAUCUUUGAACCGCACCCAGUUUCCUCCAUCGAAAUCCUCAGGCCUGCCGAGCAUCCCCGCCCAGACCAUCAGAGCCAGUACAGCUGCAGCCAUCAUGAGGAAACUUGGAGGUCAUGAUCCACCUCCUGAAUGGGCCGGCGGUGGUCUGCGAGAUGUAGCAUACAAGCUUGGUGGUGAUGAUGAUGUUGUCUCUGUGGAAGUCGACAACGCCCUCACUGUGACCAAGAUCUUAAGUGUGUUUGGAGUCAUCAAGGGUUUCAUAGAUCCAGAUCGGUAUGUGGUGAUUGGAGCUCAGAGAGAUGCCUGGGGUCCUGGAUUUGCGAAGUCUACAGUUGGCACGAGUUUGCUGCUCGAGUUAGCCAGAGUUAUUACCAGCAUGAUACACGAAGACGGAUUCAAGCCCAGGAGGAGCAUGGUGUUUGCAAGCUGGUCUGCGGGAGAAUACGGGGCUGUGGGUGCCACCGAGUGGCUGGAGAGCUACCUGUCCUCUCUGAAUAUGAAAGCCUUCUCCUACAUUAGCCUGGAUGGUGUUGUCACAGGUUCCUUUUUCAAAGCCAGUGCGAGCCCGCUGAUGUAUGACUUGAUAGCAAGUACUUUGAAAGAGGUAUCUUCCCCGAGUGACCCCAGUAAGAGUUUGUACUCCCAAGUGGCUGGAAACAACUGGGAAGCAUCUGUGAUGAAGCCGAUGAGGAUGGAUGACCCCGCCUAUCCGUUCCAGGCCUUCUCUGGUAUCCCGUCAGUUUCAUUCCAGUUUGAAACUGAGAAUAAACCAUACCCAUACUUUGGCACCAUGCUGGACACCAGAAAGAAUCUGGAAGCCGAAACAUCUCCAGAAAUUCUCGUGGUGGCCAAGGUGGCAGGCGAGAUCGCCGGGGUGAUGGCUCUACGUCUGGUGCAUGACCACUUGCUCAGACUAAACGUGGAGAAAUACAAGAAAGUCCUGUAUAUACACGUGAACAAAAUCAACAGAGAAGUGCGGCGUCUGCAGAAGACCAGCAAACUUACAGAGUACGUGCAAACGAAGUGGUUGAUGUCGGCUUUGGGGUCGUACAGCCGCGCUUCUAAUCGCCUCAUCAGCAGCAUGGAAAACAGUGACCUUGAUGACCUGGAGCAGUGUCGCAUCAUCAACGACCAAAUCAUUGGGAUAGAGAGGAAUCUGCUGUCCCCUUACGUGUCUCCUCGGGACGUUCCAUUCAGACAUGUAUUGCUGGGCUCCGGAUCGCACACUCUGGGAUCUGUGUUCACGAGCCUGGCCUUGAUCCCGAAUGGUACCGCCAGUGUCGAUGCCAUCCUACUGAAUAAUCAGAUCGCUGUGGCUGCCUGGAUGAUCCAGAGCUGUGCUAAUGCUCUCCAAGGGAACGUGUGGGAAAGAGAAGUUGACUGAAAGAUUUGCACUGGAUUGCACUUUUACACUGCCUGAGUGACACUGAAAGAGACACUGUGCUGUAUUUUAGCCACCUGGACAUGUGCAGAUAAUGCGAUAAGCCAGGAAUUAACCACUUGGGGUGUGCUGUUAUAGGAAAAUAAUCAAUAACCAACUCCUUUGAAAUCACAGGUCUCCACUCCCUCUUCGGGGAAAAAUCAAGAUAAACAGCAAAAUCUAAGCUUUUUUGUUCUGAUUGUUUUCCUGUGUAGGAAAACUUACUGACUGUUACAAUGUGCUGGCACUGGAGACUCCUUCCAUAAAACAUUUUUUUUUACAUAUCAAUGAUUACACAGUGUGUGUGGUUGUCUGUCUAUAUGUGUGACCCUGUGAUGGACUGGUGACAUGUCCAGGGUGGACCCCUGCCUUUCGCCCAAUGUGUGCUGGGAUAGGCUCCAGCAGAUCCCUGUGACCCUAAUUAGGAAUAAAGCGGGUAUAGAAAAUGGAUGGAUGGAUGGAUGAUUAUGCACGUUAUAUGGAAUAUCCGCUAUUCCAAGUCCAUGUGAAUAAGAAUGAGCUGUCAUUUGCGAUUUGUCUUGCAGCCGAAACUCAUGUCUGCGCUUCUGUUCAAGAAAAUGAAUCAACACCUUCUUAGCAAUCAACAUCUAGUCUUCAUCAAAACUGUGCUACAUUAAUUAAAACAAUUAAAACAAUG